AAUCAAACACGCUCAGUGCAAUCGCGACUCCGCCCUGUAAAUACGUCACAUUUGUCAAAUAAAUAUGCCGGGCAAAUGUGACAGGUCGAAAUGGCGUCGCAAAAAAUGGUCAAAGACCGCCGACGACGAUAACGACUGCGCGAGCCUGGCCUGGCUCCUGAACUUUCGUCUGGACGAGUUCGUCAACGUUAAAGUGCCUGAUGAGGAACCGGCCGCGAAGAAGGAGCCGACGGUGAUGAUUCCUGACACUCCGCCCGCGCCACGGAAACCUCCGUACACGUACCCUGAGCUGAUAGAACGAGCGCUGCGGGAGAAAGGGGAACUGACUGUCUCCGCUAUAUAUCAAUGGAUAUCAGAUCGUUUUCCAUACUACAAAGCGAACGAUGAACGCUGGAAGAAUUCAGUGCGACAUAAUUUAUCAAUUAACCCGCAUUUCCGUAAAGGCGCCAGGGCACCGCAGGGCGCUGGUCACCUGUGGUCCUUAGCAGCCAACGCUAUAGAUUUACUGCCGUUGAGAAAUCAACCAGAUGAGGAUCGGACGAAGGUGACGCUGCCGCCGAUGCAUGAGGCGGUGAUGACGUGCCCAAAGGUCAUAGUUCUAGAUGAAGCAGCCAUUGCAGCCGCUAGCAUCAUAACCGAUCAAGAUUUGUUCUCUGGUGGUACACUGUUCCUAAAUCCCGUGUCGACGGAGCAAGUUGUUCGCGAGUGCGGGCUCAUCACAGUCGACUAGUGCCUUCGUUUGUGUCAAGUCACAACAAAAAUUGCUAAAACGGUUACAUUUAGUGUAUUCUGCGUCUGAAAGAAAAAAAAAAAAUAAAAGACUGGUAAUGUCGCAAACUCGCAUUCGGAUCUGGAAGGCGAAACUGAUCCUUGAAACAUGGGUUUUUUAUAUUUGCCUCAGAUGUUAGGGACUCCAUAGAUAUGUGUGCAGUUGAAUGAAAAAUAUCAUUAUUAUAUUAGCCUUUAACUGUCCACUGCUGAACAUAAACCUUUUCGGGAUGGGGAGGGGGGAAGUUGCCAAUAGUUGCCACCCUUGGCAGGCGGAUUGGCAACCGCAGUUAGGCUUUGAAGAUGUUUUAAGAGGCUGCUGCCUAACACUCCAUCAUAAGCUUCCUUAGUCGCCUCCUACGACACCCACGGGAAAAGAGGGAAGUGGCCUAUUCCAUGCGUGGGCUACACGGUGAAUGAGAAAUAUAAAGAUGUAUUAUUACAGAUUUUGUAGUUUUUCACAGUAUUUAUGAAACCAAUAUUAAAUAUAUUUGCUAUUGGACCAAUAUGCAUACUGACUGAAUGAUAAUCGGAGAUUGAUAGCUAAUAUGGAAAGUUAUACAAGUUCUGGUAAUAACAAUAGUAGUUUUACGCAAGAUAACACCUACUUCAGUAAAAUAUUCACAAUAAUUAGAUAUUGCUUUAUUGAGGUUUUGUGCAAAAGUCGAUUGCUUGGGUACCUCUGUCCCAUUCGUGUUUCAACCGUGAAGCAGCUGCGUUUGCAUGGCUGUGUUUCGGUUUGAAGGGUGGGACAUGGCGUGAAUUUGCUGGGUACAGAGGGAUAACAUCUGAUUAAUAACACCUGAGUCCACAGGAAUGGCAACGCAUGGAGGGUAUCAUGAGGGAAUCAGUAUACUCUGUUAUGUCCAUGGUACUGCUCAUGUCUAUAGGCGACGGUUACCACUUUUCAUCAGGUGGACCGUCAGCUUGAUUGCCAUUCUGAGUUGUAUAAAAUUUUUUUAAUAAAUAUUUACUUUGAAUCUGUACGCAGAGUAUACUUUAUUUUCGUAUCUUAUUGUCGUUUGAAAUGAUAUCGCAUUUCGGGUAGAUUUAUAUAAAGAAUGUCUUGACCUAGGUAUCACUAUUACAUAGAUAGAGGAAGUUCAUUCUGUUUUCGACUGGUCAUUUCUGAGAAGGCCCCAUCCCUUCUCAGAAAGACAUAUCGUCAGAGGGACAGGAUAUAUCCAUAGUGUUUAGAAAGUACUAUUACGUAUUAAUAUAUAUUUGGAUAUUAUCAUUAUAUAUAUAAUUAGAAAAAAGAGAAAGAGAUAGAGAGCGAGAGAGAGAGAGAGAAUGAGAGAGAGGGAGAAAGAGAGCGAGAAAAUUGUUUUUUUUUUCUACUACACAUAUGUUUGGAUAAUUAUAAUUUCACAUCAAGGUUUUAUUUACAUUGUCAGCUUGACAUUUUGUUUUUAUACAACUUAGAAUGGCAAACAAGCUGACGGCCCACCUGAUGGAAAGUGGCCGUCGCAUAUAGACAUGAGCAGUACCAUGUCUUAAGUCUUAAGUAUUUUUUAUAUAUUUUACCUAAUCAGUGGUCAGAUUUUAUCAGUGACCUCAACUUUGACGGUGUGAGCGGGAUUGAAAGAGUAGUCUAUCCUUCUUUAUCUCAAAUAUAAUGGUUUUGGUAAAUAAAGCACCAAAAAGUAACGAUCAAGAAAUUAACUUUUAAAUUUUUAAUAUAACUAGCGGCCCAUCCCGGCAUCGCACGGGUGAACAUUUUUAACAUUUCCCUUCACUGCUCUGCUCCUAUUGAUCAUAGCGUGAUGAAAAGUAUACUAUAACCUACCUAGCAGUAUGAAGAAUAAUUGUACCAAGUUUUGUUAAAAUCUGUCGAGUAGUUUUUGUUUCUAUAACGAAUAUACAGACAGACAGACAAAAAUUUUACUGAUUGCAUUUUUGGCAUCAGUAUCGAUCACUAAUCACCGCCUGAUAGUUAUUUUGGAAAUAUAUUUCAUGUACAGAAUAGACCUCUCUAUAGAUUUAUUAUAAGUAUACAUAUUAAUAUCACCAAAAUUGUAUAUAAUUUUAUCUUUCAAUAAUUUGUAAUAUGAAAAUUAAUCAGACUUUAAUGUAAUGUAUUGUAGAAUCUUUAUUAUACUUACUUUACAUUGGAUACAUUAAGAAGGUUUAAUUAUACAAUGGGGAACUUAUCCCGUAGCGAGCUCUCUUACAGUCAACCUUUGAAAAGCUGAAAGAAUGUUCGAAUUUGAUUUAAGUUCAUGUUUUAUUUUAUGAAGAUAAUUUUAUUUAUUUAUUUAAGGGCAACCAUCAAAGCAGAAUCAUUAAGUUAUACAUAUGUGCAAAGUCAUUUAUAUUAAGCACAUCUAAUAUGGAUACCGAUCUGAUAUCUAUAUAUUGGGUUUCUCUGUACUCUGAUGGAGGAAUGAAGGUCAUCAGCCAACUCAAUAUCGUUCACAUUGGUCGGAUAUCAACGAUAUUUUCGAAUAUGUUAAAAGUCCGCUAUCCAAUAUUAUUUUUUGGACAACAGACUUUGCCAUAUUCAUUAUAGGACCAAUACAUAGAUAUUGUAACUAAAAUAUACAGGUAUUGCUAGAUAUUACUCGCCCCUAAUUUAUAUGCAUGAUUUAUAAUAGAUCCGGCCAUGUUAAUAUAAAAUGUAAUAAAAACGUGCAACUGCUACAGUGCUCGACGGCGGUGGAACUUAUAUUUAAAUGUUAUUGUAACACAGAACACCUCAUGAAUACAGUUCUUUUAUUGCCACCGAGAAUAAUAUAGGUCUAGAAUAGUUUUAGAAAUACGAAGUGCCGAGCGCGGAGUUUCCAAAGGCUAAUGCAGAAUAAAUAAUUAAAUAUUCAGUGGAUCUGAGUGCACUGCGAUAACUUUGACUGUGAGAUACACUUAUUUUAUUUAAUAAAUAAUAUAAUAAUGCACAGAAUCGAGAAAUGAAAAUAGUAUUGUAUGCCAUUUAGCGUAUUGCAACUAAAUAUGUAUAUAAUGUGAAAGAAAAAUGUACCUGUACUGUUCCUGCACUAGAUUACCCGCAAAUCAAUUAUUUUCUGACUACACUGGGUUGGCUGGAAGAGAUCUCUUUUAGAGAUAAGCCCUCUCUUGCUAACAAGUUGUUAAACUAAUCGCUGUAUAUAUUGUUCAAGUGCAAUAAAGAAAAUAUAAAAUUAUGAAUUUGACGAUAUUACUCGAAUAAAAAGACAGUUCUUUAAUAACUUUAUCGGAUAUACUCGUACGUGCAUUCUGCGGAACACAAUCUGCUUCGCGGGCAAUCCAAGUAAAAGUCGGUUACGCACAAAUAGAAAAAUUGUGUUACAUCUUUUAUUUUCCUUUUUUUGGUAUAUAUAUUAUUUUAUCUCUUUUUUUUUUUUAUUGUGUACUAUAAAGCCAUAUCUAUGUUCAUGCGUGCAGUGCAAUAAAGUUGUUGGUUUACUAAGAAAUUUAAUAAUUGUUAAUUUAGCACUGCACGCACUAGGUCAAUAUAUCGCCCCACCAGUUUUGUAUGUCCUAUAUUUGUAUUUAGUACAUAAGAUAGUUUUUAUUUCUUAAUUUUGUCAGUUAUAACCGAGCUAUUGGAAAUAUACAUUUCAGCAGACCUCGUCGUCUCAAUACAACAUCGCAACAUAAAUCUAUGUCUGUUCUUAAUUUUGUGGUCUAUGUAAUGCAAAUAAAUUAUAUAUUUAUCUAUAAAUCUAUCUACAUGCCUAUUUUGUAAAGUGUCGCCGACGCUGUCAUUCUGCUGCAUUUGUGAAGCAGCUGUGUUUGCAUGGCUGCGUUUCGAUUUGAAGGGUGGGAUAUGGCGUGAAUUUACAAGGUACAGAGGAAUAACAUCUAAGUCCUGAAUAACACCUGAGUCCUCAGGAAUGGCAACGCAUGGGGGGUAUCAUGGGUGAAACAGCAUACUCUGUUAUGUUCAUGGUACUGCUCAUGUCUAUAGGCGACGGUUACCACUUUCCAUCAGGUGGACC